AUGCCGGAAGCUGUUGAUCUUUUCAUCACGACAAAUGUUAACCCGAAUCCGUUUGAGAAGCGCUAUGCUGGAGAGACGAAAAUCGAUUAUUUAAAGGAAAAGUUCGAGCUCGUUGUCGGAGCUGCUAGCAACGAUAUUCAACUGGAACUCUUCGACAAGGAAGGAAAUUCCCAUGGAAUUAUGGAAAAUACCCGCUGCCUCAAUGAUUAUGCUGUCAAAAGCGGAUAUCGCAUUCACGCAACCGAUAAAACCCGCCAAAACGAAAGUCUGGAAAAUGGUGACGCUCCAAAGUACACGAUCACCGAUGAGGCGUACAACCAACGGACUGAUUCGGUUCGGGCUUUCAAGCAAAGAAUGUUGGCGGAAAAGAUGAAUGGUAGCCCGGCUCCGAGGCAGGAUGUGGAAUUGAGCUUUAGCAUCGGUGAUCGUUGCGAAGUACGGCUAGCCGGUACAGCCCCACGUAGAGGCAGUGUCGCCUUCAUCGGCGAAACGGAAUUCCAGCCUGGAACCUGGAUCGGGAUCAACUAUGAUGAAGCCGUCGGAAAGAACAAUGGUACCGUCAAGGGGACAAAGUAUUUCACAUGCGCCGAAAACCACGGUAGCUUCGUUCGCCCGGAAUUCGUGACCGUGGGUGCUUUUCCGCCCAACCAUGCGGACACUGAGAUGCUGGAAUUC